CAGGUGUUCCAAUCCCCUCCCAAUCAUGUGAUUCAGGUGUUCCAAUCCCCUCCAUAUCAUGUGAUUCAGGUGUUCCAAUCCCCUCCAUAUCAUGUGAUUCAGGUGUUCCAAUCCCCUCCAAAUCAUGUGAUUCAGGUGUUCCAAUCCCCUCCCAAUCAUGUGAUUCAGGUGUUCCAAUCCCCUCCCAAUCAUGUGAUUCAGGUGUUCCAAUCCCCUCCAUAUCAUGUGAUUCAGGUGUUCCAAUCCCCUCCCAAUCAUAGUCAAUAGAUAAAGACCUCCAAACUUGGUGUGGCCUUCAGAUGAGCCCAACAACAGUGCGUAGAGAGUUUCAUGGAAUGGGUUUCCAUGGC